CCGUAAAGAAGAGUACAUCGUGUGGUUUACGUCAUGAAAACCCAGCAUUUGGCAUUGAUAUUUUCAAUUCUCAAUUUGAGCAUUUUUGUGAAUGCAAAACCGGAAGAUGGAUUUGGAUACGAGUUGUUAGCGAGAAAGUUGGAGAUUUUGGAAAACCGGAUGACAACCCAAGAUCGGAUAAUUCAUACCAGGAUCGAUUCAAUUACCAAUAGAUUGGAAAGUAUACUGAAACUUGUGAACAAAGAUAAUAGUGCUAAGCAGGUUUACGAUGGGUGCGAUAAAGUGCCAGUGAAGAAGUCCGGCGUGUUCAACAUCCGCAUUGGUCCACAAAAAACGGCCGAGCUGUAUUGUGAUCAAGAGUAUGAUAACGGUGGUUGGACAGUGAUUCAGCGGAGAUUAGAUGGUUCCGUUAAUUUCUAUCGAGAUUGGAACGAAUACAAAAACGGGUUUGGUAAUCAACAAAGUGAAUUUUGGCUCGGCCUUGAUCUUAUCCAUCAGUUGACUUACUCGGCACCGCAUGAACUUGUGAUUCUACUGGAAGAUUUUGAAGGUAACUCAACCUAUGGGAAGCUGAACAGAUUUGAAAUUGCCGGUGAACAGGAGGCGUACAAAGCAACACUGGCUGAUGGUUUCACUGGAACGGCCGGAGAUUCUAUAAGCGGAAUUCGGACGAACAAAUUCACCACGUAUGACAGAGAUAACGAUACAUGGGAAAAUAAUUGUGCAAUCAAUUUCCAUGGAGCAUGGUGGUACUCCAAUUGUCAUUCAAGUAAUCUAAACGGGAAAUAUUCGAAAGGCAAUACAACGGAAUAUGCAACAGGAAUGGUUUGGUAUACAUUUCGGGGACACCAUUAUGCGUUGAAAUCUUCGAAAAUGAUGAUUAGAAGGAAAUUAUGAGUUAAUCUUUAACUUGAAUAAUCCUCCCAUCCAUUUUAUAUAUCUUGUCAUUUGAUCUAUAUUAGAGCUUUACAAUCUAUUUUUCACGAAAAAUGAAAAACCAAUGGGUUUUUGAAAAAAUAUCUCAUAUUGUGUAUGUUAUUAUGUGUGCUGUUUAAAUAAUAACGAGAAUUAUUUUUGUGUGUGGUUA